AUGCUUCGCGUCGCGCGAGGCAUUCUUCUACGCCCUUCUUUCUCCACCGCAUCCACCUCCAAGCCCCUCAAGCCGCCGACCCUCCUUCUCUCUGAGGUCUUCGCGUCCGUGCAAGGCGAGGGCCCCUUCACCGGCCGCCCGUCUGUCUUCACCCGUCUCGGCGUCUGCAACCUCUCGUGCGCCUGGUGCGACACGCCCUACACCUGGCUCUUUGACCGCGACCGCCAUCGCAAGGUCGCCGCCCGAGCAGGUCCGCACGCCCAGCCCCGCAUUUACGACAAGAGGACCGAGCUCACCCGUACCACUACCGAUCACCUCUUCCGCGACGUGCGCGCCCUCGCGGGAGAGGGGAUCAGAGCCGUCGUUAUCACGGGGGGAGAGCCGCUGCUGCAGAAGAAGCAUCUGCAAGCGUUUGUGACUCGUCUUAUUGACGACGGGUUCGCCAUCGAGUUUGAGACAAAUGGAACCGUUAGUCCGGAGGGUUUACCUCGAGGCGUACAUUUGAAUGUCAGCCCCAAGCUAGAGAAUUCUAUGCAGCCUGUUGAGCAAAGGAUUAAACUGCAAGUUUUGAAGGAAUGCCUUGCUUGGCCGAACUCUGUGCUCAAGUUUGUCGUCGGUGAGCACCGCGAUCUUGACGAGGUGUGCGGAAUCGUCGAGCAGCUCGAUAUCCCGUCGCAUCGUGUUUUCCUCAUGCCCCUUGGAACGGUAUGUAUUUGCGGCUCGGCAGUGCCCCUUGUUGAGAUUACUGGGCUUUCGAUCGAGUCUCAGUCCUCCUUCUGA